UAAAUCCAUCGAGUUUAAGUAUCGACCACUCGCAUAUUUAUCGUUUUUCGCUCAACUAUAGGCGAGCAAAAAAAACCUAUUUUCCAAAACAAUUGGCCGCUGGAAUUGCUAUAAACAAUUAUAUCCAAUAUUUUGGUAUAUCACAUUUGAAGAAGCAAAAGUUUGUACAUUAGAAAUAUGGCUGCUGCUACAGUGCAAAAAUUUCACUGCGGCGAAGUAUUUAUUACCACCAAUUUUUCUAUGAUUCUGGAGUGUAAAUCGUGCAAUGAACAAUUUGGUGUUUACACAACAUUCUUGGAUCACAUAUUUGAAAAACACUUCGAUGAUUGGAAUGCAUCGGAAAAGUCAAAACGCCAAAAACCUAAAAAAGUGGCGACCAUUACUGAGCAGGAGAUUCCUAAGCUUUCAACUGAUGAUCAAUACGUAGAAAUUGAUUCCACAACUUUGAAGGAAUUUAUGCCGGAGAGUGAAGAGGACGAUUUUAUAACAGAAGUAUUAACACCAAUGGAUGAUGAUGCAGUGGUUGUUGAAGCAAAUGAAAUCGAGGGCCAACCCACUCCCAAAACUACAAAACCAGCUGUGCGACAGGUGGGUACUUCGGUGACUAGAAAGGAUUCUACAGCCUCCGGCAGCGAACAAAAAUAUAAGUGCAGAAUUUGUGGUUUCGCGGUUUCCGGCGCACAUAACCUGCGUGGGCAUGAACAACGGCACACUAAUGUAAAGCCUUUCACAUGUCUCAAAUGUGACAAGGCAUUUUAUACCCGCACAGAACUGAAUACACACACUAGGCGGCACAAUGGCGACAAGCCUUUUGUUUGUGCUUAUUGUGGCAAAAGUUUCAUAACAGCUGGAAUGUUAACUAUGCAUGAAAAGCGGCAUCUUGGCCAGCGCCAACAUAAAUGCAAUCAGUGUGAGAAGAGCUUCUAUGAGGCUUUUCACCUACGAAAUCACGCUGUUGUACAUUCCCAGGAACGCAAUUAUGAAUGCGAAACAUGCCAGGCAAAGUUUUCUCGCAAGAUAACAUUACAGACCCAUAUGAAAUUGCAUGAAAAUGCAUUACGCUAUGAAUGCGUCAUCUGCCAUAUGCGUUUCAAUCAACGGCCUACGAUGCUAUGGCAUGUGAAGAGUAAACAUAACGUUCUGCGUGCUGACGCCGAUAACAAAGGCCCUGCAAAAGGUGCUAAUCCUAUCGGAGAUGCGUAUGAGUGAAAUUUCUUACAUAUUUGUAUCAAUAGGAUUAAGUGAUUCACAUAGCAGUCGGGUUGAGUCUACAUGAUUGGAACGAAAUAGAUGUAUAUAUAUUUGUCCAAGGACUGUCGUACAUGGGGAAAUUUAACAAUAAAAUAAAAACAUUAAAGGAAGGAAAAACGGAAUUGUAACUGU